AUGGCGCAAAGCCUUCAGACAGCACCUCGGGCCCGCGAAGCAUACGGUGCGCCCCGGCAUCCGUCUGAUCCUCUUGUCUUGCAACCGUCCCCACGCCAGAUCCGGUUCCUGCACCCUGGCUACCCUGACGAGCACUCCCUCCUGCUAGUCCUUCCUGCACUCGACAGUCCGAACGGCAUUCAUCACCAGACAGCCUUGGAUGCGUGCGCCAUUGUGGCGGAUAGUCGAUGGGAUGGCUUCUUCACCCUCGAUCGACAGGGCGCCGAACGCGUUUCCACCGAUGACAUGGGUGUCUCCUUAGCCGGAGACGCCACUCGACGCUGCCUCCUUUCGAAUGCGGUCAGUCUCCCGGAGACUGCUCAUAUUGUCCCUCAGAAUCCGGCCGAUGAAGAGUGGUUCAACGAAAACGGGAUGGCCAUAUAUGGGCCACUCCACAGCAGCACAAACACCAUGAGAUUCAAGGUAGACGUGCAUCAGUACUUUGAUCGCAAGCCCAAGUUCGUCAUCGUUCCGAAAUACGACAAAAUGGUGGUGCACAUAUUCAAUUGUCAGUCGAUCGAGGCGCGCGAAGCCAUCGAGCUUUUCCACAAUGUUCCGGUUGCCAUCACUGAGCAGAGCUCACGAUUCCUGUUGGCACGUCUCGCCUGGACCAUCUUUCCGCUGCUUGAGACGUUCUUGAGGAAAGGUGUGAAACGACGCUUAUUGCGCAAGACAGACGACGGCUUCGUAGUAAGAGAAGAGAAUGCACACAGUUGCACCCAAGCCUGGUUAUCCGCCAGACCGCGCAGUGCAAGCCCCUCGAAGCGACCUCGAAAUAGCAAUACUGAGGCGCAGGAUGCCCCUGGCUCGGACUUCGAGGGCUUAGGUGACUGGGAAGAGCGGAUAAGGGGACGCAAGAGACGGCGCCGGUCUUCGGAAUAUGGUACACUGGACUCUCAAUCCACCGACAGCAAUGACUACGUCAGUUCUGGCAGCGAGGUGUCUGAAUCUCGCGACGCAAAGCUGCUUCAGUGCCUUAGAACCUAA